AUGUCCGCUCGUCCCGUGUCGCAACUCCUCCGUUCGCGCUGCUUGCUGCGCCGGCCGCAAAACAUCCAGGGGUUCUCAACCCGAAGCAGCCUCCGUGCCGCUGACCACGGUGACCACUACGAUCCCCCGACCGGCUGGCUGUUCGGCGUUAAGCCCGGCCAGAAGUACGUGAAGGAAGGCUGGGAGGGCAUCUGGUACUACGGAUUUAUUGGUAGCUUCCUGGUUGCCGGUGUUGCAUAUGUUUUCAAGCCCGAUACCUCCAUACAAACCUGGGCCCUUGAGGAAGCCCGCCGGCGACUGGAGGCUGAGGGUAUCUUGGAGGACCCUGAGAAGGCCAAGAACUAA